AUGGAUGAUUGUAAUAAUGAUAUACAGGAAAGCAUAGAUGAAGAUCAAAUUGUAAAUGAAUUGUAUAAUGAAUUUCAAAAUGAUUCUACAUUUUUAAUUGAUGAUGUAUAUACUGUAGAUAAUGGAGAAGAUGAGGUUCCCAAGUUAACAGAAAUUUUUAAUUUUGAGUUAGUUGAGAAAUCAUUAAAAGAUGGAAUAUAA